CUCCUUGUCAUUGAUUUGCGCUUUGAGAGUGGGGGGGAAAAAGUGUUGCCGUACAACAUUUAGCUUAGAUAUUAACAGAAGUUUAUCCAACAAAUAGUCUGUUGUCGGAACCUCGGGACGUUGGCCGUCAACAUCAGGCUUCCACCCGCUAAGAUGACAGAGCUGCGGCAUCGAGGAGCCAAAGACGGCGAGCCUCCGUUAGAGCAGCAGCCAUCAGAGGACAAGGGCUCAGACAGCGAGCUGAAAGCAGACAAAGACGGCGUCUCCGACAACGAGUCCAAGGUGGACUCGGGAGUCCCCGAGGUGCCGGUCCCUCCUGAUGACACCCCCGAGGUUCUCAACAAGGCCCUGUCUGGACUCUCCUCAAGAUGGAAGAACUGGUGGGUACGAGGCAUCCUCACACUGGCCAUGAUCUCCUUCUUCUUCUUCAUCAUCUACCUGGGCCCCAUGGUGCUCAUGAUGAUUGUCCUCUGCGUUCAGAUCAAGUGUUUCCAUGAAAUCAUCACGAUCGGGUACAACGUGUACCACUCCUACGACCUGCCCUGGUUCCGGACGCUGAGCUGGUACUUCCUGCUGUGCGUGAACUACUUCUUCUACGGCGAGACCGUGACCGAUUACUUCUUCACGCUGGUGCAGAGAGAGGAGCCUCUUCGCAUCCUCAGCAAAUACCACCGCUUCAUCUCCUUCGCGCUCUACCUCACAGGUUUCUGCAUGUUCGUGCUGAGCUUGGUGAAGAAACAUUACCGCCUUCAGUUCUACAUGUUUGGCUGGACCCAUGUGACUCUGCUGAUCGUAGUGACCCAGUCCCACCUCAUCAUCCACAACCUGUUCGAGGGGAUGAUCUGGUUCAUCGUUCCCAUUUCCUGUGUGAUCUGCAACGACAUCAUGGCCUACAUGUUUGGUUUCUUCUUCGGCCGAACGCCGCUCAUUAAGCUGUCGCCUAAGAAGACAUGGGAGGGAUUUAUUGGUGGAUUAUUCGCCACUAUUGUGUUUGGUAUCUUGCUCUCCUACGUCAUGGCUGGAUACCGCUACUUUGUUUGUCCUGUGGAGUUCAACAACGACUCCAACAGUUUCCAGGUGGACUGUGAGCCGUCAGAGCUGUUUCAGCUGCAGGAGUACACCCUGCCAGGAGUCCUGGAGUCUGUCACCGGAUGGACCACCGUGCGUCUGUAUCCGUUCCAGAUCCACAGCAUCGCUCUCUCCUCCUUCGCCUCCAUUGUGGGGCCCUUCGGUGGCUUCUUUGCCAGCGGCUUCAAGAGAGCAUUUAAGAUCAAGGAUUUUGCCAACACCAUACCGGGUCACGGAGGCAUCAUGGACAGAUUUGACUGCCAGUACAUAAUGGCCACAUUUGUCAAUGUCUACAUUGCCAGCUUCAUCAGGGGCCCCAACCCCAGUAAGGUGGUCCAACAGCUCCUGGCCCUGCGGUCCGACCAGCAGCUCUACAUCUUCAACUCCCUGAAGGCUCACCUGACAGAGAAGGGUCUGCUGCGACCCGCCGAGGCGGCCGCUUAGCCCGGCGGCGCCCUCAGAGAACCCGUGUUUAUUUGUGAGCGAGGACACAUCAAUGAAAACCAAGAAAAAGAAAAAACAUUCAGCUUUGGGCCAUUCCAUUUUAUUUUGGGUUAGAGCGUUGUGCUUCUGUGCUUGACUGCUCUGUGGAUCACCAGUGUUUUCAGUCCAGCCCCUCAUUACCAGUGUAGCCGCUAUAUUUAGUUUUUUUUUUUUAAAUCAACACUGUUAAACUAAAUGUUGGUCAGACGUACAUUUCUGCUUGUUUACGUAAUAUUCUUCGAUAUUAUCGGCUCACAUGUGUUAAUAUUUUAUCGUACGAUGUCUUUAUUAAAAAAAAAAAAUCUAAAGCAGUGCUCUAAACCCCGUUAACACACUGUAAUGUUACUGCAGCGUCACCCUCCCACUUAUGUCUAGCUACAUUUUCUUUUGAUUGUGAUUGCUACUAUUUAUACAGAGACAAUUUUUAUAUUUCAGAUGUUCUAUUGUGUCUUAAUGUCUGUUUUAUUCAGGCAGUUGUGUGCAUUUUUGUGUCUUUUUGUUAUGUCGUUUUGUUUCAGUUGAGCCAUUUCCAAGCUUUUCACGCUUGGCCAAAUCAUUAGCAUCACAUCAUCAUGUAGACGUCUGAAUUCCAACCGAACUUUUCAGUCGCGUAAAAAACCGUGCUUUCUAACAAAUCUCUCUGUAGGCUAGCGACCUCACUCUCACCUGUUUGCUACCUUUCAGUAGUUUUUUUAACUCCCCUGCGCUCUUAGCGCGACGCUCAGGAGGAGCGCGGCAGAUGUCACGGUCGGACAACGGGGAAGACGGUCAUUUCCUGAAACAACACACACACACAUACAAGCAAACCUCAUGAAAGCGCACAUGGGGCACCGUACCGGAACACUCGCUGGGUAAAAAGCUUGUGGGGUCCAAAUAACACAUUCUCUUCACACCGUGGAAGGGUUAAAGUCUUUUUUUUUUUUUUUUUUUUAGUCCAGCCGACUUGCUGUUUGAAGGUUGUUUUUUAUUUCACCUGUUGGGUGCUAAAACGGUCGGGGUAGUAAAAUUUUGGGGGGCACAAUGAUUCCUGCAGGAUCAGGAUUUCUGAUCCUGUGUGUCGUUUGGCAGCGUCACAGCAGAGACGCUCUGCUCACAAAGUUCAUACACUGAACAUCAGUAAGGAUGUUAGCAUGUUGGGCUAAGGCACAUCCGCUAACGUUGCACCUUGCCAAUACUGUAUGUGUUCAUUCCUCUAGGUUUAUUAGUCAUUUUAUGUGUUAUUUAUGCCAAGUGUGAUUUGAUAGUAAAGCAUAAGCUUAAGCCUC